AUCCAGAAGAUAGUUGAUGAAGAUGUUUCGAAGUAGGAGCUGGUUCGGGGGUGGACUUUGGAAACCAAAGAAUUUACAUUCCCCUGAGCAUCUCAAAUACCUUUACAAUGUUUUAUCUAAGAACCAAACUGUAUCCGAGAGUAACAGAGGUUUAUUGGUUGAGACUCUUCGCUCAAUAGCUGAAAUUCUUAUUUGGGGCGAUCAAAAUGACUCGAGUGUAUUUGACUUCUUUUUAGAAAAAAAUAUGCUUUCAUUCUUUUUACGUAUUAUGAAACAAAAGUGUGGAAGCUAUGUUUGUGUACAAUUACUUCAAACGCUAAAUAUUUUAUUUGAGAAUAUACGCAAUGAAACAUCUUUAUAUUAUUUAUUGAGUAAUAAUCACGUGAACAGUAUAAUAGUGCAUAAAUUUGACUUUAGCGACGAAGAGGUGAUGGCAUAUUAUAUCAGUUUUUUGAAGACAUUGAGUCUGAAACUAAAUGCACAUACCAUUCAUUUUUUUUACAAUGAGCACACCAAUGAUUUUCCACUAUAUACAGAAGCAAUUAAAUUCUUCAAUCAUUCAGAAGGUAUGGUACGCAUAGCUGUGAGAACUUUGACACUGAAUGUAUAUCGUGUGGAAGAUGGAUCUAUGCUAGCUUUUAUAAGGGAUCGCACAGCUGCACCAUAUUUCAGUAAUCUAGUAUGGUUUAUUGGUGAUCACAUUAUAGAAUUAGACACUUGUGUCCGAAACGAUGCUGAUCAUCAGAGUCAAAACAGAUUGUCAGAUUUAGUUGCAGAACAUUUAGAUCAUUUACAUUACCUAAAUGAUAUCUUGUGCUUGAAUAUAUCGGACUUGAAUAAAGUUUUGUCAGAGCAUUUAUUACAUAAACUACUAGUGCCGCUUUAUGUGUAUUCUCUGAUAAAAGAUAAAAAUGUUUUGUGCCAAACUCAGGAUGAGAGAAAACACGUCAGUGUCGUAGUGGCACUUUUUCUACUUUCUCAAGUAUUUUUGAUAGUAUCGCAUGGACCUCUUGUACAUACUUUGGCAGCUGUAAUACUCAUGUCCGACUUGGAAACAAUUAAAACUGGAACAAAUAGAGUUUUGGAAAAAUUCGGGGAUAUAAUGUCUAAUAAAUUUGUUUCUUUCUCACCACAGAAAGAAACAUUGGAAGAAUCAACAGAAACUGUAAGCGAAACGGUAUCAACGAAAUUUGCGUCCAAAGAAAUUCGCAACCAAAAUAACGAUGAAAAAGACGUAAAAAACAUACCUGAAGACGCGGUCAAUGAAUCGCAAGAUUUUAAUCAUCCUAGUACGUCGUUUGAUAGCGCUUCUACAGUAAAUACACCUAUUCAUGAGAGUCAUACGCCACAAGAUUUGGACACAAACAUUUCAAGCGAAGACGAUCUAGAGGAAAUUAAGCACUUGAAUGUGACGGAUGAGGAAAAAGAACAACGUUUAGCAUUGGAGAGUCCUUUGAUUCCUAAUCUAAGUCAGAACGACAUAUUUGAAUCUCUAGCAAAAAAACCAUUUCUCGAAACGAUUAUUAAUUCUUUAUUAUGUGCGGAGAAUGAUUACGCUGCGCUAUUUGCGCUCUGUUUAUUAUAUGCAUUAGCUAAUAACCAGGGUAUAAGUCGGAAAACUUUAAAUGUAAUUCUGUCACCAAUCUAUGAAAAUACAUCGGCGAAGAAUUCGUAUAACGAAUUGCUAAUAGAUAGGUUGAUUCAUAUUAUAACUUUGAGCUGUCAAACAAAUGCCAAAGUAAGGCUUGUCACCUUGGAAUUAGCCAUUAAAUUGCUUACGCAACUGACAGUAUUUGAAGGACAAUGUUCAUUGCGAGAAUCGCACCUGACAGUCAUUGAAGCGGCAAAAGAACAAAGCACGUCUCUACUCAAAAACUUCUACAAGAGCGAAGAUAUUUUUUUGGACAUGUUUGAAGAUGAAUAUAGUGAAAUACAAAAACGACCGUUAAAUGUCGAAUGGCUGAUGAUGGACAGUAAUAUUUUACUGCCUCCUACAGGCACGCCUAUGACCGGAAUCGAAUUUAGCAAGAGAUUGCCAUGUGGCGAGGUGGAAAGAGCACGACGUGCGAUAAGAGUUUUCUUUUUGAUAAGAGAACUAUCUCUGACACUUAAUAUGGAAGUAGAAACUCAGUUACCAUUGACCAAUCCGGCUAAUUGCGUACAAAUUAACAACGUUCUUGAUCUAAAUAAUAGUGACUUGAUUGCGUGCACUGUAGUAUGGAAAGACGGUCAGAAAAUUCGUCGUUUUUUAGUCAUUGAUGUGGUGCAAUUGAUUCUUGUGGAACCUGAUAUAAGAAAACUUGGGUGGGGAGUUGCCAAAUUAGUUGGAUUUCUACAAGACAUCGAUGUGACUGGAGACAAAGAUGAUUCGAGAUGUUUACAUCUGACAAUAUAUAAGCCAUUAAGCAGCAGUACGGGCAAUCGUAUACCAUUAUUGUCGGCUAAAUUUAUUUUUGACGAUCACAUCCGAUGUAUGGCCGCAAAACAAAGGCUAACAAAAGGACGAAUAAAAGCGCGACAAAAAAAGAUGAAUCAAAUUGCAAGAUUGUUGGACAUCCCGACGAGUAUGCCUCAUUGUUCAACACCGCCGAAUUAUGCCCUGCGUGGGUUACGUCACGAACGUGUAGUCGGACGUGGUCAGAGAUCGCAAAAGGAUCAAGCGAGGCCAAUGUUUACGGUAAACAAAGUUCCUGGAUUCGCGGCUCAAAUGCGUAGGGAAAAUGUUAGGCCAAUGGCAUCGUCGAGUUUCAAACACGAUGAUGCCAGUUCGAAUGAGAAGAUUCAUGAAAACGGUUUGCGAUCUAGAGACAGUUCGCCCAAGAUGCCAAGACCGCGGAGCGAGGAAAUACCUCUUGAAGACAUGCGAAUUCGGAAAGCCUCUCUCACUUCUAAUGGUAUGAACAUAGUGCAUUUGUGUUCAGAAAGAAGGGACAGCCAAGGUACCACUUGCUCGAAUAGCAGUGAGUCUUCGUCUAUAAUCAGAAAACAUUCUGAAGAAACAUCUUUCACAUCGUCGCAAGAACAGGCGCCGAAACCGCGCAGAAAAGGUCAAGUGGAAACUGUGUGAUUGCAAUAUAUUGAGUUUAGUAAUUUAUCAAAAAAAUGAAUCAAGUGAAAGAGAUCUCCAAAGUUGUCUCAAAAUAAAGUUGGUUUUUAAGAAUUGUUUUAAUAAGCAAAAUUGCAAUAAAAAAUUUAAGAUUUGAUAUAAUAUUGUUUAUUCAUACUUUCUA